AUGCAGUCCUCGACCCAGCCCGGGAGCGGUGACACCUCCCUGAGAUCACCCGCGGGGGAGUCUCUGGACGGUCUCGAAACGACAGAUCGUCCGGCUCCACUUGCAUGUACCGAAUGCCGGAGAAAACAUGUGAAAUGUGACGCGAGUGUGCCAAUAUGCCGCCGUUGUAGAUCUUCAGGUCUUCAGUGUCAUUACGUUCCAUCUCGAAGGGGUCUAAAGCGCCGUGCUCCUGAUGCCCCAUUGGGGGACGAACGCCGAGUCCAUUGGAAGCCAACCGCCGACUACGGAAGUGUCCCAGUGACCGAAUCGCUCAGAGAAUCAGUCGAUACCAGGCUUAUAGAGCCUAUCGCACAAACUCAUGGCCCCUCUUAUACGCAGGGUCAAGAAAGAUCAUCAGUGCCUGCGACUACUACCACCCCUGUUGAGCUUCUCAGUGCUUACGACGACACUGCCGCGGCUAUCGAGGAUGACGAUGCCUUGAUUAACCUCUUCUAUGCUAACUUUCACGCUGCCCAUCCAACUCUUGUACCGCGAGGCAGUUACAGUUCGCAAGGCUAUCCCGAUUACCUGAAGCUGGUGGUGCAUUUCAUUGGAGGCCACUUCUCUAGCAUGGCCUCAGGGGACCAACUACGUAGCCUAGCCGGCAAAGCGUUGGAAGAAGCUUUUGGACGAACCAGUCGCACAUACCAUCUUGUACAAGGUCUUCUAUUAUUCUCAGUCGCUUUACAUGCACGCAACGAGAUAAAAGAAUCUGUCCUCACGUUAAGCCAGGCUGUGUCCGUAGCACUGGAGCUCGGUUUGCACAGGAAAGCUUUCUCCGGAUCUAUACUAGGACUUGGCGAGAUCGAGGAAGAAAGCUUGUGA